AUGCCUUUAAUUCUUGGGAGACCAUUCCUUGCUACUGGUAGAGCUCUUAUUGAUGUUCAACAAGGGAAACUUAGCCUUAGAAUACAUGAUGAGGAAAUUGUUUUUAAUGUGUUUGAUGCUAUGAAAAAUUGUGAUCAUGAUGGCAGUGCUAUUUUAAGGAUUGAUGUGGUAGACAAUGUAGUGGUUGAAAAUUUUAAUACUUCUAGAUUAGAUGAUCCUAUUGAUAAUUGCAUUGUUAAUGCCUUGGAUGUGAAAGCUGAUAGUGCAGACAAUAACAUUUUGGAGGUAGCAGCUAUUCUUGGGGAAAAAUGCCAUAGGCAGCCACAAAAAGGAGGAAAUUUUCUGCCUUUAGAUGCACCGUCAACUGUGACAGUCAAGCCAUCCAAAGAGGAGCCCUCUACUCUUGAAUUAAAAGAUCUUCCUUCUCAAUUAAAGUAUGUUUAUUUGGGUGAUUCAAAUACCUUACCUGUUAUAAUUUCUGCUUCUUUGACAAGAAUAGAGGAGGAGAAACUUUUAAAGGUGUUGCGAGAACACAAAAGAGCUAUAGGAUGGAGCAUAGUGGAUAUCAAAGGAGUUAGCCCUUCGAUUUGCAUGCAUAAAAUCUUGCUGGAUGAGGGGCAUAAGCUGAUGGUUCAGCCUCAAAGACGCCUUAAUCCUAACAUGCAAGAGGUGGUAAAAAAGGAGGUAAUCAAAUGGUUGGACGCAGGUAUUAUUUUUCCUAUCUCUGAUAGUACUUGGGUGAGUCCUGUGCAAGUAGUACCUAAAAAGGGUGGGACAAUUGUGGUAAAAAAUGAAAAUGAUGAAUUAAUUCCCACUAGAAUAAUAACAGGGUGGAGAAUGUGCAUAAAUUAUAGGAAACUUAAUGAAGCUACUAGAAAAUACCAUUAUCCACUGCCAUUUAUUGAUAAGAUGAUUGAGAAACUUGCUGGACAUGAAUAUUAUUGUUUUUUGGGUGGUUAUGCUGGUUACCAUCAAAUUCCUAUUGCUCCUGAGGAUCAAGAGAAAACAACAUUUACUUGCCCAUAUGGUACUUUUCCUUUUAGACGAAUGCCUUUUGGUUUGUGCAAUGCUCCAGUUUUUGGCUCUUCAUUUGACGGAUGCUUACAUAAUUUGUCUAGGGUGCUUAAAAGAUGUGAGGAAACUAACCUAGUAUUGAAUUGGGAAAAAUGCCAUUUUAUGGUUAGGGAAGGUAUAGUGCUAGGUCAUAAAGUAUCCUCUAAAGGUAUUGAAGUUGAUAGAGCUAAAGUUGAGAUAAUUGAAAAGCUUGCUCCUCCUAAAUCAGUUAAAGAAAUUAGAGGUUUUCUUGGACAUGCUGGUUUUUAUAGGAGAUUUAUUAAGGACUUCUCAAAAAUUGCUAAACCUCUUACUAAUCUCUUGGUUAAGGAAACACCAUAUUUCUUUGAUGAUGAUUGUAUGAAUGCUUUUCAAUUGUUGAAAGAGAAACUGGUUAAUGCUCCUAUUAUUGUUGCACCUUGUUGGGAUUUGCCUUUUGAGAUAAUGUGUGAUGCUAGCAAUGAUGCUUUAGGUGCAAUUUUGGGACAAAGAAAAGAUAGGAAAUUUCACACCAUUUAUUAUGCAAGUAGAACAAUGAAUGAAGCUCAAAAGAAUUACACUACUACUGAAAAAGAGUUGCUUGCUGUGGUGUUUGCUUUUGAAAAGUUUAGGCCUUAUCUAAUUUUGUCCAAAGUGAUUGUUCAUACUGAUCAUUCUGCACUUAAAUAUCUGCUUGCUAAAAAAGAUGCCAAACCUAGGUUGUUGAGAUGGAUUUUGUUGCUGCAAGAGUUUGACUUAGAAAUUAAGGAUAGAAAAGGUGUAGAAAAUUCUAUUGCUGAUCAUUUGUCCAGGUUAGAUGAGAUGCAUGUGGAAUGUGGGGAUGAUCAACUUUUGCUUGAUGAGUUUCUAGAUGAGCAAUUGUGUUUGGUUUCUUUGUGUGCUUUGUCUUCUUUACCUUGGUACGCAGAUUUUGUUAAUUAUCUUGAACCAUUUCUUUACAAGAUAUGUGGCGAUGGAAUGAUUCGGAGAUGUGUACCACAAGAAGAGGUAGAUGCAAUUUUGAGUUUUUGUCAUGACAAAGAAGCUGGUGGUCAUUUUGGUGCCUCCAAAAUAGCAUCUAAGGUUUUGCAAUGUCCUUUUCCAUCAUCUUUUGACAAAGCAUAUAUUCUUGUUGCGGUAGAUUAUGUGAGUAAAUGGGUAGAGGCUGCUGCAUGUCCUACUAAUGAUGCUAGGGUGGUGGUUAAAUUUUUGAAGAGUAAUAUUUUUACUAGAUUUGGCACACCUAGGGCUAUUAUUAGUGAUGGAGGUAAACACUUCUGUAAUAGGCAAUUUGAAAAUUUAUUGGCUAACUAUGGUGUGACCCAUAAAAUUGCUACUCCAUAUCACCCUCAAACAAGUGGACAAGUUGAGGUGUCUAAUAGGGAAUUGAAAAGAAUUUUGGAAAAGACAGUUAACUUGUCUAGGAAAGAUUGGUCACUCAAAUUAGAUGAUGCACUUUGGGCUUAUAGGACAGCUUACAAAACUCCGAUAGGUAUGUCUCCUUAUAGGUUAGUUUUUGGUAAGGCUUGUCAGCUUCCUGUGGAACUUGAGCAUAAGGCAUAUUGGGCUAUUAAAUACUUGAAUUUUGAUUUGAAAGAUGCAGGUGAACAUAGAAAAUUGCAGUUGAAUGAAUUGGAAGAACUAUGACUUGCUGCUUAUGAAAGUGCCAAAAUCUACAAGGAACGAACCAAGGCAUGGCAUGAUCUACAUGUGCAAAAGAAAGAGUUUCACGUGGGUGACAAGGUUCUUCUUUUCAAUUCUCAAUUGCGACUUUUUCCAAAUGUUGCAAGUGAGGGAUAUUGUUCUUCUUUGAUGAUUAGGUCAAAAUUUAGUAAUACCUUGAUGAGAGGAGUUGAGGGCUUUGACUUUAUAAUUGUUUUGGUUGAAAAUUAUAUGCAUCUUCUGAGUAGGUGCCAUUGUUUCUGUGAUGACUAUCCUGUCUAAUUAUCCUUGGAAAUUGCUUUGAAAAAAAAAAAAAAGUCAAAUGUUUCGUGGCCUUUGUUACUUGAGUAAGUAUGCUCUUAGGGGUGUCUCUUUACC